ACACAGUCGCUGGAUCGACUUCACCUCCUCCACCCAACGACAUGGACUGUUGACCUCGACCUUCCUUCCUCUUCCAAUGUCCACCUGAUCGAUCCUCCUCUCCGUCCAUCGUGCCUUCUCUGGACUUCCCGACAAUGGAUCCAACCACACUGGUGACCUUCCUCUUUGGAGCUCCUCUGGACGUUCACACCGUCGAACUCCUCGGAUCAUGGGACAACUUUGACCGACCCUAUCAGAUGCACCACGAUCGACGACGAGGUACCGGAUUCUGGUCGGGAUGCUUCAGAUUUCAAGACAUCAUUUUCGACGGCGAUGGUUUCCGUCCUAUGAAGCAGCCUCGCAGUGGAGGUCUCAAGCAGGGUGGAACGUAUUGGUAUUUCUAUCGAUUGAAUUACGACAUCGAUACGCAUGAUGCCCGACAGCCGAGCACGACUUUCUGUCCACUAUUACCCGGCCAGCCGGUGAACGUUAUCGAAGUCCCGUGUGAGAUUGUGGAGCUACCGUCGAGGUGUCAGAGUGCUUACGGAGAGAUGAUGGGGAGUCUGUUGAAAUGGCAAACUUCGCAAACGUUGGAUCCCGCGAGCAAGUAUGCCAUGUUGGAACCGCCGCCGAUAUCUAGGGUUCACGUGCGCUGUCUGUCGGACUAUGCACUGAGUGGAAGGUUGGAGAAUCAGCCGGUCGAUGUUGUGGAUGAUCCUGUGUCUCCACUGAGCACAGCGUCUUCGGAGCAGAUGAAGACUCUCGAUGUUGAAACCGCCCUUCCUGAACGACAUGAUGUCUCUCGUUCGAGCUCUGUGUACUCGGACCGCAGUCUACGUUCGAUCUCACCGAAGGACAGUGACCACCAAUCCGACGCUUAUUCAUUUACACAUCAACAAGCACCAGGUCUCGCACUACUACCUUCCCUCGAAGACCUCACCCAGUCGACCUCCUUCCAGCUACCCUCGAAUCUCCAACGUUCCGACUCCGGUUUCCAGGCGAUCCACUGCACGAAGAAGAAGUCAGCAAUGAGCAUCGGUCCCAGUUCUAUCCACAACGUGCAAUUCUACGGCUCUCGUCCUGGAACCAGUCUCAACGACGAUCCCGAACAGCAUCGCCCGAGAACAUAUUCCAUCCCGCACUCCGUCGAACUCUGCCAAUCCGCGAGUCCAAGUCGACCAGUCUCACCUCUGUCUUGUCAUACCACAACGACCAUCGCGACCGCCACCCGCGCCUCCAACCGCAGACUCGACUUCACUCUCCCACCGCCCCUCAACAAGCCGCUUCUCCUCUCUCCGCAACCGUUUCCGCAAUCGCCAACCUUCGCGCCCCACCACAACCACAACCCACAGCAGGCAAACAUCAUUCUCCGCCUUUGCGAUGAACUACUCCCUCCCCUCUCUCGCUCUGGAAACGACAAACUCUUCCACGAAGACUCUCCCACUCCUGUCCACUUCUCGGAUCGAGGACGUGCCGCCUCUACCUACCAUUUCGACGUUUCUGACGAGCGCGACGUCGCCGGUGAUUUACUCACCCUCGGCAGAGAGAGGAGAGGGAGAGUGUAUGGCCGAGUCUAUACUGGCAGAGUUGGGGUUUUGAGUCCGGGUGAUGUUUCGUUUUGA